AAAGGAACGCGGCGAGGGCGGUUGUCUGUAUCGCCACCGAUCCUUCGAAAGCUCAAGAUGGCACCUGUCGCGACCUCUGACUCUACCACGACCAACGGCACCACUAACGGUGUCCACCAGUCCAUCGAAGUCUUGAAGGCGAAGGCGGCGAGUGUCUUCAACCCGUUCUACUCCCCCGAUACCGGAGACGACGCCGACGGAGGCUACCAGUACGCGAAGUACAAGCCGUACUUCCCUGAUGUGCACUGGGAGCCGCUCGGACCUCAGGAGGUCACCGAGCGCGGCCUGUUUGCUGAUCCGGAGAAGAAGCGCUUUCAGCACUUGACUCCGGCCCUCGGAACUGAGAUCUCUGGCAUCGAUCUCAGACAGCUCUCGGACAAGCAGAAGGACGAACUUGCGCUCCUCAUUGCCGAGCGGGGUGUCGUCUUCUUCCGCGACCAGGAGAUCAACGUUCACGAGCAACUUGAGCUGGGCCGUUACUGGGGUCCUCUCCACAAGCAUGCGACUACCCCUAUCCCGAAGGAACCUGGUCUGGAGGAAGUGCACGUCGUCUACAAUGACGGUUCUCGCCGCCCAGACCCGACGUCGUUCUCCAAGCUGGAGCUUUGGCAUUCUGAUGUCUCUUAUGAGCUCCAACCCCCCAGCACGACCUCCUUGAAGGUCAUCACCGGCCCCCCGCUCGCCAUCAGCUACGCCCUCUACUCUUCCUUCAGCCCCGGCUUCCAGAAGUACCUCGAGGGUCUGUACGCCGUUCACAGUGGUGUGGCACAGGCGGACGGCUCGCGUGCCGCCGGGAAGACCGUUCGUCGGGAGCCCGUCGAGAGCAUCCACCCGGUGGUGCGCGUCAACCCCGCCACCGGCUGGAAGUCCGUGUACGUCAACCCCGGUUUCACCCGCCGCAUCGUCGGCCUGCCGAAGGCGGAGAGCGACGCGGUUCUCCAGCUCCUGUUCCGUCUGAUCGCUGAGAACCCCGACUUCCAGGUACGCUUCCACUGGGAGCCCAACUCCAUCGCCUUCUGGGACAACAGGGUCGUGACGCACAGCGCCACGUUCGACUUCUGGCCGCACCCCAGACACGCGCUCCGCUCUACGCCGCACGGCGAGAAGCCGACCUCCGUCGCCGAGUACGAGAGCAGCACUGGCAAGGUCGCGAAGGACCGGCAGCUUGUCAUCUGGGAGCAGGAGGGCGUGCUGGACAAAGUUCUCGAGGGCUCGAACCCUGCGAACGGUGCUGGUGCGAACGGGCAGGCGAAGCCGCGCGGCUACAGCGACUAAGUACAUAUGUAGACGAGCCGGAAAAGUGUAUGAUGUCCUCGGAGGUGUAUGUAUGUAGAUUACCGCGGCGCGUGUCCUCCGGCAGGGAAUGGGUCUGCAGACGCGUGCAUCAAUCUUCUGUGCGGCGGCGUGCGGACCUGAGAUCGAUCAUCGGACAUCGUCGAUCCUGUC